CGUGUGUCCUAUCCGGGUGUUAUCAGAUCUGCGCUGAGAGGACCCGCCAAGGAAACAACGUGUGCAACUUACAAAUGAGUCGCAGAGGUAGUUUUUGGUUCCUGUUAGAAGACGGUCCUACGGGGGAAAUAUGCGGGGAUAGCGCCAUCUUUUGGAAAAUAUAAGACGCAGGUUAUUUAUUUAUGGAUGUCUAGUUUUGAAAAAGUAAAUACAACUUAAGCGUAGUCUGUCACAUAAAUGUAGCUGUCUGUCGUGCUCAGAGUAAGUUACUGAAGUUAAAAUGGCGAAAAGAUUAUUUUUGUCUCCAAGUAAAAGUAACACAGCAGGUGUAAAAUUCGGGGAGGCCUCUUUUGACCUACUGACUGAUUUUCUUGUAAAUCUGGACAAAAGAAACAAAGAUGACCUCCCGAGUUCAACGAAAUAUUGCGGGAAUUUCAAAAAUAAGAGAGUCAUUGACAACAUUUUGCUUAUCAGUGUUGAACUGAGACUGGAUCCGCUGGCUGGUUACCACGCUGUUGAAUUACUUCAAAGGUUCAUGGUCAAAUACAUUGAAGAUUUCAUAACCGCACCCACACCUAAAGGUGCAACUUCUAAUCAUCCGAGAAGUUAUGAGGAUGCUGUUUAUAACAAACUGAAGGACAAAUUCCCGCUGAUCAUCUUCUCCUGUGUUCAGCUUGCGAGCAAACUGUCUCUGCACAGUCAUAUGAUUGACAACAAUACUGCUGUACACUUUCUACACUCAGUCGGCUGCACUGUAUCCAAACAGGCUCUCCUGGAAUCAGAGCUGAUGGUCUUGAAAGGGCUUAAAUUCAGACUGAAUGUCCUCAACCCACUGACUUAUGUGGAAAUACUUCUGGAAGUUCUCGGACACAAUGAGCCAUCAGUCCCUUUGAAGCACCUUUAUCACUACUGCCACCAUGUUCUCCAGUUUAUCAGCCUGGAGAGGACUGCCAUCUAUGAAACCUUGUUAAUGGCAACCACUGAGUGUGUCAGCCCAUCCAAGGAACAGAGGGAACAAUUUGUACCAGUGACUGAAGACUGCAUGCUCCUGGGUGUUGGUGUCAUCGCUGUGGCUGCAUUCAUCCUCAGAAAGUGGGAACAGGUAGUUGGAGAACUGAGCCACAUCACAAGAAUCUCAAAGAGAAGCAUCACUGAUUUCGCUCACGCGACUUUAGUGCACAUUGUUGGCAUCAGCUCCAGUGUCACUCCACUCUCAUGACUGGCAUGAGAAGAAAAAAAAUCUGUGUGCUGCAAUAAAAUGUCACCUAAACAAAUAAAAAAAUCACUAAAGAUUGGCGAUGUUGCCAAAGUGUUAGAAACACUGUUAACUGUUCAUUCUGUAAAGCCAAAUAAAUAAAUAAAAAGAGAUUAGAGCUGUGGAAAUACAA